CGUUUGUGGAGAGGAGAGGAAGAAGAGAAGCGGGCAGGGCAAAAAAGAGGAUUUUUUAUUAUUUUUAUUAUUAUUAUUCUUUCCGAAAAAUUGUCUGUCAGCUUUUGAUUUGCUCAUUCCCCUUAAUUCGCUCGUCGUCUGUCAAGCCUUCGGUUCAAAAAUCAAACCCCCUUCUCUCUCUCUCUCUUCUUUCUCUCUCCUCCCUUCUCUCUCUCUAUUUUCUUGCUUUGCUUCUCUGGGGGUGUGUGUGAGAGUAGGAGUGUGGUGGGUCUGUUCGGUUUCUCUCUCUCGGUCUGGGGCUUAUCGUACGCACGCUAUGGCGCACGUUAGCCAGCUCCCCUGCGACGGUGACGGCAUUUGCAUGGUCUGCAAGGAGAACCCCUCCGCCGAGGAGACCCUCACCUGCAAGACCUGCGCCACCCCAUGGCACGUCGGGUGCCUCGCCGCCUCCUCCCGCCCCCCCACCAUGGCGGACGCUGCCAGUUGGGAGUGCCCCGACUGCAACUGUGUCGACCCUGUCCCCGUCUCCGCCGCCCCCGGCGGCUCCUCCGACCUCUUGGCGGCGAUCCGUGCGAUCGAGGCCGACUCCUCGCUCUCCGAGCAGGAGAAGGCCCGGCGGCGCCAGGAGCUCCUUUGUGGUGGCGCGGGCCCGUCCAGCUCCGGCUUCGACCCGAAGAGGACCGUCAACGAUGUGCUCGACAUCAUUGACGGGAGCUUGAACUGCUCCUUCUGUAUGCAGUUGCCUGAGCGUCCCGUAACGACUCCAUGUGGCCACAACUUCUGUCUGCGAUGCUUCCAGAAAUGGGUCGGGCAGGGGAAGCGGACCUGCGCGAAUUGCAGGAACGAGAUUCCAGCCAAGAUGGCUUCUCAGCCAAGGAUCAACUCAGCCCUUGUAAUGGCCAUCAGGAUGGCUAAGAUGGCAAAGUCCAACAAUGCUGGCUCGGCUCAUGGGAGGCCUCAGCAUUUUAUCCACAACCAGAACCGACCUGACAAGGCCUUCACCACUGAGAGGGCUAAGAGGGCAGGGAAGGCUAAUGCCUGCAGUGGGAAGAUCUUUGUCACUGCCCCGCCUGACCACUUCGGACCUAUAACUGCUGAGUACGACCCGGAGAGGAACCAGGGGGUCCUUGUUGGGGAGACUUGGGAGGAUAGGAUGGAAUGCAGGCAGUGGGGAGCUCAUCUUCCCCACGUUGCCGGGAUUGCUGGGCAGUCGUCUUAUGGGGCACAGUCUGUGUGCCUCUCAGGAGGGUAUCAGGAUGAUGAGGAUCACGGGGAGUGGUUCCUCUACACUGGCAGUGGCGGAAGGGACCUAACUGGCAAUAGGCGAACAAACUCAGAGCAAUCUUCUGAGCAGAAGUUUGAAAAGCUGAAUGAAGCUCUUCGUGUCAGUUGCAAGAAAGGGUAUCCUGUUCGAGUGGUCAGGUCACACAAGGAGAAGCGCUCUUCCUAUGCUGCUGAAGCUGGGGUUCGAUAUGAUGGGGUAUAUAGGAUUGAGAAAUGCUGGCGUAAAGUUGGAGUCCAAGGCUUUAUGGUGUGCAGAUAUCUCUUUGUCCGCUGCGAUAAUGACCCAGCUCCAUGGGCAAGUGAUGAACAUGGAGAUCGGCCUAGGCCUAUGCCUGUUGUUAAGGAGCUGAAUAAUGCAAUUGAUAUCACUGAGAGGAAAGGAUCUCCUGCUUGGGACUAUGAUGAAGAGAAGGCCUGCUGGAUGUGGAAGAAACCCCCGCCUAUCAGUAAGAAGAAGACUUCUACUGGAGUUGAUAGUUCAGCAACUGGGAAGGUUAAACGCCGACCAAGAAAUAUGUCAAUUAAGGACAGAUUGCUGAAAGAAUUUAGCUGUCAAAUCUGUAGGAAGGUGAUGAGUUUUCCAAUCACUACCCCUUGUGCUCACAAUUUCUGCAAGGCUUGUUUGGAGGGUGCCUUUGCAGGUAAAAGUAUCAUGAGACAGAGGGGUCGUGAGGGAAGGUCCCUGCGGACGCAGAAGAACAUCAUGAAAUGCCCCGCUUGUACUAUUGACAUUGCUGACUUCCUUCAAAAUCCUCAAGUCAAUAGAGAAUUAAUGGACGUGAUAGAGACCCUCCAACGCAAAUGUGAGGAGGAAGAAAACUCAGAGUCGGAAGAGGAAGGUGAAAGAGCUACAGAGAAUCCUGGAGCCGCACCCGAGGAUGCUGAUGAUGAUAGCACGGAGGAGAUUGAGAACCCUGAGAAGGCUGAGAACAAAAAGACGGAGGACACUGGUGCUGAGACCAAUUUAAAGUCCAACCAGAAGGGCAGGAGUUGUGAUGACAUCAAGGCCGCUGCUGUGGUGGAUGCCGGGGUGGCUGCAAACCGUGGGAAGAGGGUCAAAGUGGCAGCUGCUGCGAUGUGAUUGAGAAUCCUUGAUUUCGAGCUGGCGCCGAGUAGCUGAGGGAGGACAUCUUUUGUUUCCUGUUUCCUUGUUGCAUGGUAGAUUUUUGGUUCUUGUAGAACUACAGCUUCUAGGUCUUUUGGGGAGUCCUAGAGAUAGGGACUCACAGAAUAUGCCCAGUUGCAGAGUUGAUAUAUCGUCAUUCUGCUCUUUGCAUAUUUUGCUGCUUAGUCGAUAGUUUAUUAGUCAUCAUGCUGCAUAGUAGCGGACCACAGGUAAAUCUCUUUGCAUUUAUAGGGUAAUCGGGUUUACCUUAUUUUGUGAAGGAUUUGCACUAGGAAGACAUCAUUGCUUCUCAGAAAAGAGAGCUAAUACAAUCCUUUUGUUGUGUUCUCUGGCA